AUGGUACAUGUGCGCAUCUUUGAACUAUGGAAUUAUUAUACAAUUACCUUGAAUUAUGAGGUAUGCAUCAUUAUUAUUCACAUUUUACAGAUCAGACAAUUGAGGCACAGCAAAUUAAGUAACUUCCCUACAGUCGCAAGCAUUCUAGCUCCAGAAGCUGUGCUUUUACCACUCUGCUACCAGAUACUUUAAAAAGAAGAAAAAGGAAAAAGAAACUUUAAAAUGAUAGAGUCCAGUGAUUGUUUCUUAGGACAGCUCCACCAUAUCACUCGGCCACUGUUGUUUCAUUAUUUUUCACAAACCAUAUUACUCACUUUGACCUUGCAGUUAACUCAUACACAUCUAGACUGUUUUCUUCUCCACCUAUCCAAGACUACACUUCCAAAGACCAGAUAA